AUGUCCUCCACAAACGAAGCACCGCGGGGUUUCCAAGGCAGCGAGGAGCACCGCAAAUAUGGAGCCUUCCAAAACGAACUAUACAAAGCCGGGAUGUUCGCCCAGCGUCUCCCAAUCGUCACCACUGACCCGAAUAAAUUGGAGGAACAAGCAAGGAGCAAAAUGGCCCUUACAUCCUUCAAUUAUGUCUCAGGUGGAGCUGGGGAGGGGUCAACGAUGGAUGCCAACAGAUUAGCGUUCAGACAAUGGAAGAUGGUACCGCGGAUGUUGAGACCAACAUCAGGUCGAGACUUCAAGGUUAAUUUAUUUGGAGAGACAUACGAUAGCCCGAUCUUAAUGGCCCCAAUAGGCGUACAACAGAUCUUCCACCAAGACAAAGAAACUGGCGUCGCGGAAGUCUGCGCCGAAAUCGGUGUCCCAUACAUCCUCAGCACGGCAUCCAGCUCUUCCAUCGAAGAAGUUGCGCAGGCGAGUGGAAAUGGACCGAGAUGGUACCAAUUAUACUGGCCGCAAAGCGACGACAUUACGAUUUCUCUCCUGGAACGCGCGAAAGCCAACGGGUAUAAAGUCCUUGUCGUGACGCUGGAUACAUGGGCGAUGGCGUGGAGACCGGCGGAUCUUGAUCAGGGGUAUGUUCCCUUCUUCAAGGGCGUUGGGAAUACGAAUGGCUUCACGGAUCCGGUUUUUAGGGAGAAGUUCCAGAAGAAAUAUGGAGCUGCGCCGGAGGAGAAAGCGCUAGAGGCGUCUGCGGAGUGGAUCGGUGAUGUGUUUUCUGGGGCUCCUCAUACUUGGGAUCACAUUGCCCUGUUGAAGAAGCAUUGGGAUGGGCCUAUUGUGUUGAAAGGAAUUCAGCACCCUGAUGACGCUAGGCUUGCUGUGGAACAUGGAUGCGACGGGAUCAUCGUAUCUAACCAUGGCGGUCGGCAACUCGAUGGUGCAAUCGGCUCCCUAGAAAUGCUUCCAGAAAUCGUCGAAGCAGUAGGUGAUAAAUGCACAGUGCUAUUCGACAGCGGCAUCAGAACAGGCGUAGAUAUCAUCAAGGCACUGUCACUUGGAGCAAAGGCAGUCCUUAUUGGUCGGCCCGUAGUCUAUGGAUUAGGCAUCGGCGGGAAGUAUGGAGCAAAGCAGGUUCUUCAGGGGCUCUUGGCAGAUCUUGACCAGUCGAUGGGUCUAGCGGGGAUUCCAGAUAUCGCUGGUUGCAAUAGAUCUAUGGUUAGAAGGGUGCAAUAUGGUGGAGAUCUCAAGUCAUCGAACUAA